AUGUCUACCAAAAAUACCCUCAGGAGUCAAAGCAGUCACUGUGGCUUCAGUACCAGCUCAGCCAGGGUGCCUGUCCUCAACCGCUUUGGGUUCAGUAGCGUGUCUUUGUGCAAAUCCCGGGGCAUCAGUGGCUCCGGUGCAGUGUGUGGGGGAGCUGGCUUUGGUAGCAGGAGCCUCUAUGGUGUAGGAAACUCCAAGAGGCUCUCCAUCAGAGGGUGCAGCUAUGGCAGCCGAUUUGGAGGAGGCUCCAGUAUAGGAGAAGGAGCUGGAGGUAGCUUUGGUUUUGGUGCUGGAGCUCGCUUUGGUGGUGGCUAUGGAAGAGCUGGCUUCCCGGUGUGCCCACCUGGAGGCAUCCAAGAGGUCACCAUCAACCAGAGCCUCCUCACCCCCCUGAACCUGCAAAUCGACCCCAACAUCCAGCGGGUCAGGACUGAGGAGAGGGAGCAGAUCAAGACCCUCAACAACAAGUUUGCCUCCUUCAUCGACAAGGUGCGAUUCCUGGAGCAGCAGAACAAGGUCCUGGAAACCAAGUGGGCCCUGCUGCAGGAGCAGGGCAGCAAGAUCCAGAGGCAUAACUUGGAGCCUAUGUUUGAGCGGUACAUCAGGAGCCUCCGCAGACGUAUGCAGAACAUCACUGGAGAGAGGGGUCGCCUGGACUCUGAGCUGAGCAUCAUGCAGGACACGGUGGUGGACUACAAGAGCAAAUAUGAAGAUGAAAUCAACAGGCGUACAAAAGCAGAGAAUGAAUUUGUGAUGCUGAAGAAGGACGUAGAUUCUGCAUACAUGAACAAGACUGAACUGCAAUCCAAGGUAGACAGUCUGACAGAUGAGAUCAACUUCCUGAGAGUUAUUUAUGAGGCAGAACUGAUUCAGGUACAAACUGAUGUCUCAGACACAACUCUGGUCCUCUCCAUGGACAACAACCGCAGCCUGGACCUGGACAGCAUCAUUGCUGAGGUCAAGGCCAAGUAUGAGGAUAUUGCUCAGAGAAGUCGGGCUGAAGCUGAGUCCUGGUACCAGACUAAAGUGAGUAUUGAGGUGGAGGCUGAUGAGGAUGCCUGGGACCCACCCUGAACUCCAUGAGCCUCUGAAGAUGCACACUCUAAGAUUGUUUUUGUUGCUCUCUCUGCUCAGUGUGCAAAAUUGCAAGCUGCUAUUGCUGAUGCUGAACAACGUGGGGAGAAGGCCCACAAGGAUGCCAGGGGAAAACUGGAAGGGAUGAAGGAUGCCCUGCAGAAUACCAAAGAGGCCUUGGCCAUGCUGCAGACCAAAUACCAGGAUAUUACGAAUAUCAAUCUGGGCCUUGAUAUGGAAAUCGCCUCCUAUAGGGCACUUCUGGAAGAAGAGGAGUACAGGUUCAAUACUGACGGCGUUGGUCCAGGCAACAUCUCUGUGGUGCAGUCCACCAUGUCUGGCAGCUAUGGCAGUGCAGGUGGUGCCAGCAGCAGCUUAGGCCUGGGUGGAGGCAGCAGCCAUUCCUAUGCCAGUAGACAUGGACUUGGAGGUGGCUUCAGUUCUGGCAGUGGCAGAGCCAUUGGAGGUGGCCUCAGCUCCUCUGUGGGCAGCUCUUCUACCAUCAAAU